AUGGGUGAACCACCAACCUUGCAAUCACUGUGUGAUAAACGCAAAAUAUGUCGCGGGAAGUACACUCGACAGGAAAACACUGUGACAAGGUAUUACAGGGAAGCAUGUAACUUGUACGACAAAGGAGAUCGCGUUACCCAGUUUGAGACAGCCGUGCGAAAAACGGGUAAUGCCAUGGAAGAGCUGAAUGCGGUCUACGGUGAAUUGAAGGACGUACAGACUGAGGUGGACUUCCAUCCUGAUUUAGGGAAACUGAACGAUGAAGCCUUGAGAGUUGAGACUGAGUCAGAGGAGAGGUAUCGCACCCAGUACUACGACAUUUCUGCCAUGGUUCAACAACUGCAAGCGGAUGCUGAGAAGGAGAGGCGUACCCCGUCGGAGAAGUCGAGUGAUACUUUCACACCUGAGCACUUUGCCGCCGCCAUGAAGGAGACCCUGGAAUCAGUACAAACAGGAAUUUCUGGUGAUCAGUUAGAAAGGAUUCUAGGGACCUUAUCGCACAAGAAGCGUUAUGUUCAGAUACCGAAAUUCAAAGGUGAUGUCGAGUUGUUUGACCAGUGGAAACAACUGGUAGAGACUGAAUUAGAAAAACCAGGCUAUAGCGAGGUGGAAAAGACCCACAUAGUCAUAUCAUUAGUUGAUGGAGAGGUAUCCAAACUCAUCAGUGGACUAAAGGAUCCAAGUUCAGAUGACAUCCUUGAGUUUUUGGAGAAUAGGUACGGAGAUGUGUUGACAAAGAUCCAGAAGGCAGUGAACGAGAUUGCUGCAGUGCCUGCUGUCAGUUCGCCCUCAGCAAAGGAUCUUGAUUCUCUCUACAACCUGCUUAAUUCCAACUGGAAUUACAUCAUGAAACGAACAGAAGAUGACAAACACGUGGUAAGGGCAAGCUGGAUCUUUACAGCCCUUGUCCGACCAAAACUGCCAAAGGGACUUCUCAAAAAAUGGGAUGGAGAGAUAAUCAAAGAGGAGAAGUCGAUGGGGACGACGUCGGAAUUACCGAUACGUUUCGACACUCUUUUGGAGAAGCUGCAAGAUGCCGUCAAGGUUGCGAGGCGAACGGAGCCAAGCAAACGAGAUAAACCCGAGAAGGAGAAGGAGAAAGAGAAGAAGUGGGUUAAGGAUUACCAGAAGGAAUCUAAGAAGCCUACAGGUCAUGCUCUUCAGAUAUCUCAGAGGACACCGAAACCCAACAAGGAGGAAUCGUGCAUAUUCUGUCAACUUAGGCACUUCUCAUCAAGUUGUCCAACAGUGAAGUCGAUGCCUGUGUCAGAGCGAGUUGAGAAAGUGAAAGCGUCAAAGGCAUGUUUCAACUGCUUGCGGACUACUCACUUUGUGGAUGCAUGUCGGUCAUCUAGCUGUAAGAAUUGCUCGAGGAAGCAUCACACACUCUUACAUUUCGACAAGCAAGGAGGAAACAAGACUGGGAGCAACCAGGAAACAUCGAGCGAAAAGGAGACAAGUGGAGAUGGUAACAAGCCUGAGGAGACCGUGAAAUCACCCCACUACUUCGUGAAAGCCAGAGAGACAGAUGGUGAAGUACUGUUACAGACAGGCCUAGCGAAAUUGGAGUCGAGGAAUGCAGUCGCACAUGGACGAGUUCUCUUUGACUCAGGGAGUGGAGCCACAUUUGUCAGCAAGCGAAUGGCAAGGAGUUUGCAGCUGCAUGGUCAACCAGUUGCAGCAGAGUUUACCUUAGCAGGAGGAAAGGUCAUGACACUUGAUACCCAACGAGUCAAGUUUCAUUUGUCGAGCAUACUACCCAAAUGGAAGGGAGAGACGUUCGAAAUCAUCGCCUAUGUUCUAGAAAAUCCAUGUGCUGAUAUCAAUGAAGUCAAUGAGGAUUUGUCAAAGAUUGAACAGCUGAGAGACCUCCAGAUAGCUGAUGAGUUCCCGAGAAAACGUCAAUCGGUGGAUGUUCUGUUAGGAAUCCAGGAUUCAAUGAAAAUCUUACAGGAUAAGAGAGUCUUUGGAUCAGGAAACAGUCUUUCAGCGCAGAGGAGUCACAUUGGUUGGAUCGUGUCCGGAACCUGUCCCGCUGAUCAGGAAAGCCACACAACGUUGCCAGUCAAUCAUUCAACAUUUCAACUGUCCAGCGAGAUAGACAUCGCGACCAAGCACUGGGAGACGGAGCACAUAGGGAUCCUACCAAAUGAGAAAAACCAGCACCUCUCAGAGCUUGAGACUGAAGCCCUGAGACAGCACAAGGAGAAAACAAUCAAGAUCAAGGAUGGUUAUGAGACAGGAUUGUUGAAACAUCCGGAGUGGAAGGAUAAAAUUCUGAAAUCAAACAAACAACAAGCAAUGAGGAGACUUGGUAGUCUGGAGCAGAGACUGAAAAAGGAUCCUACAUUGUCAGCGAGAUACCAGGAGCAAAUCAAUGAGUUGAUCAAGAAAGGUCGAGCGGAACGAGUGAGUGAGGAAAAGGAGCCGGAGGAUCGUAGUGUGUGGUACUUGCCCCAUCAUCCAGUAGUGAGAGAGGACAAGACGACAACAAAGGUUAGAAUCGUCUUCGAUGGAUCGAUGAGAGGCCGGGAUGGAGUAUCACUCAACGACACCUUAUUACCAGGACCUGCCCUGCAACCUGACCUUCCUGGAGUUUUGAUGCGAUUCAGGCGCCACAGAAUUGCAUUGAUAGCGGAUAUCGAAAAGAUGUUCCUCCAGGUAAGUAUGAACGAGAUAGAUCGAGAUAGCCAGAGAUUCCUAUGGAGAGACUUGGACACGGAUAAGGAGCCGGAAGUUUUCAGAUUGACCACAGUCACCUUCGGAUUAACGUCUUCGCCAUUCUCAAGCAUCAAAACUGUGCUAGAUCAUGUCGCGGCACAUCGUGAGGAGUACCCAAAAGCUGCUGCAGAGAUUGAGGAGAAUAUCUUCGUGGAUGAUAUUUUGAGUGGAGAUGAGGAGGAUAAUGAGGUGGCGGAGUUGGCAGUUGGACUGAAGGAGAUUCUGAGCCCGGAAUGGAACAUGAGGAAGUUUCUAUCCAACAAACCAGGAGUUUUGUCAGGUCUUGCCAAGGAAGACAUCGCGUCGGAGCUCACAGAGAAGAUGGUUGGCGAAGAGAUCUCAACAAAGGCGCUGGGAGUCAGAUAUCGACCCAAGGAGGAUGUUCUCAUGUUCUCAUUUGUUGACAAAAUGGAGGAUGUGGAGAUCGAGACCAGGAGAAGUGUGUUGAAACAACUCCAUCGGAUUUAUGAUCCACUUGGCAUGCUAUCGCCCUUUGUACUCAAGGCUAAGCAAAUUUUCCAACAAUCAUGGGUCACAACUGGAGGAUGGGACGACGCGCUACCAUCGGAGAUAGAGGAGGAGUGGAAACGCUGGAAAUCUGAAGUGACACUACUGGACAGCAUCAAGAUACCGAGGUGUAUUGUGCCUGCUGACUUCCAGGAUCCAGUAUAUUUCCUACACGGCUUUGGAGAUGCAUGUGAGACAUCAUACGGAGGAGUGGUCUAUUUGACUAGCCAGGAUUCAACUGAGAGACGUCACGUUGCUCUACUCAGCUCAAAGACCAGAGUAGCACCCCUGGGAAAGAGGAGGAGCAUCCCGGAACUGGAGCUCAUGGCAUCACUGGUGACAGCAAGGUUAACAAAGUAUGUGGAAAGAGAGCUCAAGCUUCCGAUUGCUUCAGUGAAUUGCUGGACAGAUUCCAAGGUUGUCACACACUGGUUAAGCAAGCCACCAUACAAAUGGCAAACAUUUGUCGCAAACAGAGUAGCUGAGAUUCAGAACUUAGUGCCACCCUGCAACUGGAGACAUGUUCCAGGAAAAUGGAACCCUGCGGAUCUUUGUUCCCGAGGACUUACUGCUGAGAAUCUGGUUGAAUCUUCAUUGUGGUGGAAUGGUCCAUCCUUCCUGACUGAAAGUGAAGAACAGUGGCCAGAACAAGAGAAGAGCAAGAAGGAGGAUGAGGAAAUAGCUGACUCGAAAGCCAAGCCCAAACUUCGUCAGAUUGGUAUUGCUGCUGUAGCCAAGACGGAUAUUGCUGCUGCUGAGAAAUACAUUGAGAAAUUCUCAUCAUACCAGAAGUUCAUCAGGGUAAUGAGCAGAGCGAGGAGUUGGAUUAGGAUCCAUAGGUCCCGAAAGGAGGGGAGAGAUCAAAACGAGGGGAGAGAAACUGACAAGGAGAAAAGCAUUCCAGGAACAACUCUCAAUGACAGACGUCAGGAGGAGCUGCACUGGAUCAGAUGGGCUCAAUCGCUCAAGUAUCAGGAGGAUAUUGAGGAAUUGAAAGCCGGACGACAGGUCACCAUGGAGAGUAAACUGGCUCCAUUGAGCCCAGAGUGGGACGAGAAGGAUCAAGUGAUGCGAGUGGGAGGUCGUCUUCAUUACGCCCCAUUGCCGGAGGAAACUAAGCAUCCCAUCAUCUUGCCUGCUCACAACCGAUUUGUGGAUAAGUUAGUUCUGUACUACCACCAGAUUAACCUACACACAGGACCAGCACAAACCCUGGCUUUCUUGAGAAACAAGUGCUGGCUUAUUCAUGGGAGACAGGAAGUGAGACGCAUUCUUCACAAGUGCAAGGCUUGUAAGGAUCCAGAGGAGAUUGAGCAAAAGAUGGCGCCGCUGCCUGUGGAAAGAGUGAGCAUGAGUCUUCCUUUCACGCACAUAGGAUUAGACUAUGCAGGACCUUUAUACGUAAAGAUGUCCAGAGAUGAGACAACGAAGGCUUACAUUCUGAUCUUCACGUGUAUGGUGACUAGAGGAGUGCACCUGGAACUCACACCAGAUCUUACUACAGAAGAGUUCAUGGCUGGGCUGCAGCGCAUGAUGAAUCGCAAAGGGAAAUGUGUAUUCAUUCUCUCUGACAACGCAAAGACAUUCAAAAAGGCAGACACCUUGCUGAGGAUUCUUUACAAACAGAAGAAUGGAAAGAACAAGCUUAAUGAGGAGAUAACAGGAAAGGGAAUAACAUGGCGUUUUAUCACGGAGAGAGCCCCAUGGCACGGAGGAUUCUAUGAGAGACUCGUGCAAAGCGUCAAGAAACCACUGAGGAGAGUGCUUGGGAAAGCACACCUGACAUACCUUGAGAUGCAGACUGUACUCUCGGACAUCGAAGCACAACUGAAUUCUAGACCCCUGACUAGUGUCUCUGCAGACAAAGAGGAUUGGUCGCCUAUCACUCCAGGACACCUGAUGAUUGGCCGGAGCCUACAAGUUCUGCCUGAUGCCUCAUUGGCAGGCCAUACUACCGUCGCAGUGAGCAAGAGAUGGGCCUAUAAUCAGCACCUGUCAAGGAUCUUUUGGAAUCGAUGGACGAAGGAGUAUUUGACUGAGCUGAAUCAACUGAGGAAGUGGACUGAGGUUCGAGAUAACCUUCAUGAGGGAGACGUUGUUCUAGUCGCUGAGGACAACACCAGGAAGCUGGAUUGGAAGCUUGGAAGAGUGGAGGAGAUCUUUCCAGGACGAGACGGUCUUGUGCGCUCAGUACUGGUGAAGACGAAAUCGGGAUUGAUGAGACGUCCAGUACAGAAGCUGAGGCUAUUGGAGACCACCAUUGUGCCAGAGGAUGUUGAAAGCGAUUCAGAUCCAGAUUAG